UUCGUGUGACCUCUAUUGCAGUUGAAAAUACUUGAGAGCGGAGGCUGAAUUCAUUGAUUUUGCCCGACAAUGUUUCUUAUACGCGCACGGAUGCGGUGACAGGUUCAACAGGAAUCCUGCUUCAUUUUGGUGCACGGCAAUCGCUAGACGGUCUUAUGUGCUCCUCGCUGCUCACUCUCCAAGUCAGGGUGCUCUGUGUUGCUGGGGUAGUCCGUUGUAGUUGCACUGCAUCAACAUGGGUGUGAUUGGUGUGCAGCUGGUCGUUACCAUGGUAAUGGCCAGCGUGAUUCAGAAAAUUAUACCUCAUUAUUCCUUUGCAAGAUGGCUACUCUGCAGUGGCAGUUUGCGGUGGUAUCAGCACCCUACAGAAGAUGAGUUGAGGAACUUGGCUGGGAAACAAAAAGGGCAGAAGAGGAAAGACAGGAAAUACAAUGGUCACAUAGACGGUAAACCAUUAACAAUUCCAAAGGACAUAGACCUGCAGCUGGAGACAAAAGGCAUCACAGAAGUUGACACUUUAGCAUUACACUACUUCCCAGAGUUCCAGUGGCUGGUUGAUUUCACAGUAGCAGCAACUGCAGUCUAUCUGAUAACAGAGCUUUACUACUGUGCAGUUCAGCCCUCAAGAGAGAUGAACAUCAGUGUGGUCUGGUGCCUACUUGUACUCGCCUUUGUCAUUAAGACACUUUUCUCCAUAACGGCUCACUACUUCAAGGUGGAGGAAGGAGGCGAGCGCUCGCUCUGCAUCACGUUUGCGUUCUUCUUUUUUGUCAAAGCCAUGGCCAUUCUCAUUGUCACUGAAAACUAUUUAGAGUUUGGUCUGGAGGCAGGUUUUGCUAAUUUUUCCGACAGCGCUCAACAGUUUCUUGAUCAUCAAGGUCUAGAGUCCCAAGGUCCAAUAUCUAAAUUUUCCUUCAAGUUGAUACUGGCUCUGCUCUGUUCUUUGAUUGGAGCGUUUUUAACGUUUCCCGGCCUUCGGCUGGCGCAGAUGCACCUUGAUGCUCUUAAUCUAACUACAGACAGAUUUAUACAAACUCUGCUUCAUAUCAACUUCUUGUCCCCCCUCAUCAUGGUCCUGCUGUGGGUGAAGCCCAUCACCAAGGAUUACAUCAUGAACCCCACUCUAGGCAAGGAGAGUGUGCCUUUGAUGACCGAGCAGGCGUAUGAUACUUUGCGGUUGUGGGUCAUCAUACUGAUGUGCAUGCUCAGGCUUGCCAUGAUGAGAUGUCAUCUGCAGGCCUACCUCAACCUGGCCCAAAAGAGCGUGGACCAGAUGAAGAAAGAAGCAGGCCGGAUAAGUACUGUAGAUUUGCAGAAGAUGGUCGCUCGAGUGUUUUACUACCUAUGUGUGAUCGCACUGCAGUAUGUUGCACCGCUGGUGAUGCUGCUGCAUACGACGUUCCUGUUAAAAACCUUAGGUGGUCAUUCCUGGUGGGUGUAUACCGAAGAGGACUUGCCUUGCACCUACGAGGUAAACUCAGACUCUGUGGUGGAGUUGGACCAAACUGUUGCUCCAGAAGCAGCCUCGGUGAUAGAGACGGGGGCACGUGCAUCUGUAGCUCAGCUCUCUGUGGCCCUCGGGGGCCUGCGAACUGUUUUUAGUCCCCUUCUGUUCCGGGGCCUUUUCUCCUUCUUCACUUGGUGGAUUGCCGCCUGCCUGUUCUCCACCUCUCUGUUCGGCCUCUUCUACCACCAGUAUCUCAUGGCAGCAUAGCAUCCAAACCACCACAGAGCUACCAUACUCAGAUGGAAAGGAUUGUGUGGAGGGAAGGGCCCCUCUCUGCCCUCCUCCAUGGUGGACGACCUCCCAGUGACUGAACAUAUCAGAGCUCCUGGUUUUACUUCCAGUGCUUCCACUACAGACGACUGUGAACUCCUGUUUUUGUUUUACUACCAUGCCCUUUCAUUUGGGUAAAAAAGCUCAAGAUCUUAAUAAGAGACUUUAUCAUAAAAGGAUAUUUGAUUUCUUACUCUUUUAUUGUAUUGUAAAAACAAAUCAUUUAAGUUUUGGGGGGAAUUUGAACAAUCCAAUGCAAUGAAUCGAUUUCUUAAACUCCAUCUGUUUUACUGCUUUGGCUUUAUGGCAGGUCAGAAAGACAGAUUUUAGACCAAUAGCUUUGAAUUUUGUUUUAUUUUCUUGACUAAUUUUUAGUGAUUUGUAAUUCUUGUUUUAAUUGAGAUUGACCAUAGUAGACUUUUGGAAUCCUAAAGCAUGAACACGUGUCAAACGAGCUACCUUGUAUUCCUGGUCUUAUUAUUGCACUUCUUGAUGAGUGUUGCUUUGUAAAGACACCACCCUCACUUUAGAGAACGUCUCAAACCCAAUUUGACUUUAUGUCAUCAAAAAUUCUAAUUAAUUUUUUUUUUUUUUAAGGAUGUUUGAGGAAACUGGUAACUGCCAUACUUGAUGGGCCUUGUGUUUGUCUUUAAAGUGAUUUUUUUUUUUUUUUUAAUGAACAAAUCUCUUCUCCAAUCUCUUACUAAAGUGUCAAACAGACCAACGAUCUGCUGUUUAUAGCAGGAGGAGGAGGAGGGAGAAGCAGCACAACUGUUCGGAAAGUGCAGUAAUCCAGGAACAGCAGGAGGUGUUGUUGCAAAAGGAGAGGAGGGCAUCCUAUUGACCGAAACUUGAUUUCAAUUUAGCGAAAUGUGCAUUUUUGAAAUGACAAGCGUUCCAGUAGAGUCACCGUGUUUUAAACCAACAUGUUCUGGACUGUUUUUAGCGGCAGCGUGAACAUUCUACACUCUUGAGCAGCAAAGAUUACUCGAAGGGAAGACUGCACCAAGGCCUCAGUCGAGGGGCGGGGGGGUUCUGUGAUCUGUGCUGUGGAUCAGCUGUAAUCUGAAAGGGCAUUGGGAUCAAAAGGAGGCCAUGUCAGCUGUUGAUGAUGAAAUACAACUUCUAUGUUCUGCAACCUUGUUUUUUUCAUGUUUGUUUUUUUUGUCUGUCUUGUAGAAUUUUUGAUUUGCAAAAUUGUGCCAAGUAAGCCCCUCCGCCCCCUUCACUCCCCCUGACUGUGGUUGCUGUAUGUUUUAUGUUCACUUGUAUUCAAAAACUGUACCACAACUUUGCUGCCUUUAGUCUAACCCUGGUACAGAUUUUUUUUUUUAAAGUUAUUUAUCAAAAGUCUUUCAGUCUAAUUUGUUUUUGUGUCUUAAUCUACGCACAAAUGGUUGUUGUAACAACGAAUGCUGGCAAAAAUGAUUGUCCAGCCGUAUCAGGAAUGUAGGGGAUGUGGUGCCAGGUGUUAACGUGUGUUCCUGGCCUGACACUUUAGCAGCACAUUCAUCAACUGACGCAAAUGAAAAAUAUAAAAAUAACUCUGUUUUUUCUAUUUUCGCCUACACCACAAACUCCAGCAUCACCAUAUCAACACUUCAGCUCCUGAUGUCAGAAGUCUUAGCUUUAGUUUGAGUCUGUUGGGAAUGAUUGCACAUAAUGAAUGUAUCCAUCCUGCCUAAAUUUUAGUUUGUUUUUUUUAAGAUAAUCAUUUUUGGUUGAUUUAACACAUUUUUAACCACUGAACUUUGUACAAUCUUUUUGUUUGAUGUUUCUAAUCUGAUUCUCACAAAAAAAGACAAAAAGUUGAUUAUUUCCUUUAUAAUUUUUUUUUUUAUAUUUAUUAAUAAGAGUCCUGUAAAAAUUUCUAAUUUGAAGGUGCCCAUUUGUGUUGUUGCCGGUGUGCAUGAUGGUGAAAAAUCUGUUUUGUUUGACAAAUCAGUUUGAUGAAGUGGUUUGGAGAUGUAAACUGGAUAGCUAAAACUUUCAGUUUCAUUGACUUCUUGGGGCUUUAAAGACUUCAGUUUAUUGCCACUGUAAGUGUUUAGUACUAAGUGUUGGGUUUGAAAAGUAAAUGAUACACCUCAUUGUUCUUUAAUGUAUUUAUUUCUGCUUUAGAUUUUGUCCUAAAUAAAUUAUGUUCGAUAAUUUGCUCAA